CAGCGCUUUGUGUUUCCUACUAACUAGUACCUAAAAAGUAUCAAGUAUAAAGUACUCAAAUACUCGUAUAAGCAAAAUUUAUUAUAAAACUAUAAAUUAAUUUUUUUGGUUUACUGGAUUUAUUACAAUCGAACUCAACAUGUUAAUAAAAAAGACAUUGUUAGUGUCAGUUUUUGUUCUUUUCAGUUGUUUGUUUUCAAUCAAUAAGGCUACUGAUGACGCAGACACAGCGGAUAAGGAAUUAAUGUCAAAAUUAUUCACUGUGGUUUUUAAAUGCUUUAAGGAUGCCGAUUGGGGCACGUGCGGUGAAAUGAUAACAACUAAAUAUGAUAUAACUCAAGCUAAAUAUAAGCAAUGUACAUGUCACAUGGCGUGUGCCGGGGAAGAACUUGGAUUGAUAAAUUCUUCGGGGCAACCAGAACCUGCGAAGUUCCUCGAAUACGUGAACCGUAUCAAUAAUCCGGGUAUUAAGAGUCAAUUGCAACAUAUUUACGACAAAUGCCAAAAUGUCAAAGGGACGGAGAAAUGCGAUCUCGCAGAACAAUUUGCUAUAUGUGCUUUUAAGGAAUCGCCAGCACUAAAGGAACGCGCGACUACGUUGAUGGAAAUUUUAAUGAAGAUGAAACCAAAAUCGAAAUAAAUCUCUUCAGCACCCAUAAGUUAUCACACACAGUUGUCCAUCUGUUUUUCUUAGUAAUAUUAUAGGUAGGUGCUGUCGAUACUUACAAGACCAAUAAUAAUUAUAAUUUAUUUACCUAUAUGUGAUUUUAUUAAACACGCAAUUUCAA